AUGUCAUAUCGGCAUACCUUUUAUAAGGAAAAAGAGUUGGACUUUUUAAUCAUAGAUUCUGAAGGAAUGGGAUCUACGACAGCAAGAUAUAUCUUAAGACGUACAGAUUUCGAUAAAAAAAUGACGCUUCUUGGCCUUAUGUGUUCUCAAGUCCUAAUUGUUAAUACCAAAGGACUUACACGGGAUAUUUCAGAUACUUUGGAAGUUUCUUCAUAUCACCUAGAUGCACUAAAUAAUAGAGAUUUUAAUAAACCAAGGAUCAGCUUUGUUUUACGAGAUAUGAAAGAUGCGAAAGAAGCUCAACGUCCGGCAUUUCUUGACAUUCGUCAAAAUUUAAAAAAGAUGUUCAAAGAAAUUCCUGGUUGUUAUUAUGAUAUGGAUGAUUUUAUGAUCGUAGAAGAACGGGAUGUUCAUUUAUUAGAGAAUGCAUUUGCAUGUUCUUUUGAUGAUUUUUCAAAAUCUGCGACCAUUGAUGGUGAAAACUUUCAUUAUCCUGCCGAAACUUUUCCGUUAAAAAUAUCUAAACUUCGCAAAGAAUUACUUGAUUCUGCGUUGAUUCCAAGUGAAAAUCAUGAAUCACAGAUAUUUAAAAACGUUUAUGGAUUUAUUACGCAUAUGCAAGCAGUUUGGAAAGAAAUUGAUGUCCGUGGUAAUUUCCUUCAUUUUAAAGACUCUAAAACAAUAUAUCAAUGGAGCGCAAUGAAAAAAUUAGUUCACAGUUAUAAUGAAAGUACAAUAAAAUCUUACGAAGAAAAUGGAUUAAAAUUGGUAGAAGAACAUACAAGUGAAGGACAAUGGAAUGAAAACAAUGAUAUAGCUUUUGAAACUUGUCUUACACAAGAAUCAGAAAAAUUUUGUACUGAAACGAUUGCUGAUUUUAAUGAAAAAAUUUCUAAUCAAUAUGAACCACAAAUAAUUGAUGAAGGUGAAACCCAUAUAAAAGCAGCAUUUUCUGCUAAAAAACGGGAGCUUAAGGCAAUAUACGUAAAAAGACAACGACAAUCUAAAGAAACUUGGCUAAUAAAAUCAGCAGAAAUGCGAAUUGGUGAAGCAAUUGGGAAAAUUCUUAGAGAGCACAAAGAUAAAACGCCUGAUGAAUUUAAAAACUAUUUUUCCGAGUCGAAAUGUAAAGAAUUAUUUAAUGAAGAAUGGGAAAAGGCUAUAGAAAAUGGACGUGCCAUAAUCAAUAAUGAGAGCAAUUUAAAAGAAAGAUUACAGUUUGACAGAAUAUUAUGGAAUAAAGUCUCGACACCAGAAACUUUAAAGAAAUUGGAAUUUUUGGAUGAAACUGAUAAGCAAUUUAUUAAUAUUGAAUUUAGUCAAGCCUUAGAGUGGCUAAAAAUAUUGUGCAAUAAUAUUUUUAUCGUGCAAAGUAAUAAUUUUAAUAAUUUGCACGAUCAAUUCAAGGUUAAAAUAGAUGAGUUUAGCUUAAUUGAGCAAUAUUUACGUUUCAAAGUUUUUACCGCAUUGGAGAAAAAUACUGCGAAAUGGAAAGCCUCACAACAAAAUAAUCUCAAAAUUCUUAGAGAAAACUUGUCAAAAUAUUUUAAUGAUAUACUAGGCAAUUCUUCCUAUGAAAAUAUUUCCUCUCAUUUUUUUAAAUAUGUUGCCAAAUCGGUCGAGAAACAAUUGGUUAUCAAAGAACAAAAUAUAACAGAAAUAUUAGAAUCGUACUUGAAGCAGCAUUGGAUGAGCGAAGAAAGAAAUCCUACACGCUUUGCUUAUGAACAGAGCUUUGGUGUCUAUGAUAUUGAAAAAACUCGUAAAUAUAUUCGUGAUCCAAUAUUAUUUAUGAAAGAUUUAUUUGAAACAGACGUUGAUAUUAUUAAAAAUAUAAAAGUUGAAGAAAGAUUAGAAAAAAUAGAAAAAGCUAUCAAUGAUGCUUUAAAAAAACUUGGUGGAAUCAUAUUAAAUUAUCAGCAACAUUUUUCAGGCUCAUCAGAAAAAGAUCCGCCUCUUGAAAAAAUUAUUAUGGGUAAAAAUAAUACAAAGAAUAUUGUCACUAAAAUUAUCCAGCUCUUUACUUCUACUUCGUCAGAAUCUUCAAAUGUGACUAUAUGUCCUCAAAGUUUAAUUGAGGAUGCAAUAUGCGUUCUUGGAAAAUGUAUUAUUAACUCUCCUCAAGAUUUCUAUAAAAUAUUAGAAAAGGAUUAUAAUGAAUACAUACAAGAAUUUAAUACACUAUGGAGAUCUCAACGUGCAAAUCUUUGCAAAAAAACAUUAAUAGAAUGCAUAGAACGCUCUAAAGAAUCGUAUUGGAAUAAGGUUAAAGGAUGUCAAUAUAGAUGUCCAUAUUGCGGAUCAAAAUGUGAAUUAUCAGAACAUGAGCCCAACACAAAUCACAGAGCAUCAAUUCAUUUGAUGAAUUGUUUUGGUGGUGUUAGGAAACUUAAAACACGAGAAGCAAGUUUAACAAUAUGUAAUGAGCCUGAAAAUUUUAAUAUUACUUAUUUUAUGGGAGAUGAUUACGAAAAUGGACUUAUAUUUGAAAAAUUUACAAAAAAGCAUUACCCAGAGUGGUGGCCACUUUUAGGUCGAAAACAGCCUGGUGAUGACCAAAUAAAGCAAGUUAGAGCAAUGUGGAUGAAUUUAAAGGAUGAAUUAUGUAGCAAAUAUAAUAUGAUUUCAAUUUAA